AUGGCUAAGCACAUCCAACGCAUGUGCAUGGAGUUGCGCGCGACUCGUCGAAGAAUGUGGAUAAGGUGCCCUACACGUUACCCAGCUACCUACGACUGCGAGGUCUCUAUCAAUGAAUUUGACCGUGCUGUGCGCUGCCCGCCAUGUCACUCGGCGACAACACAGCCGGUGGCCGCCGUCUCAGCGAUCUCCACACUGCCAGUCCCGUCUCGUCACCCAGUGGACGGCGCCGAGAGGUCGCUCGAGCUGAAAGCAUCUACAUCGCAAGUCUGCACGCUGCUGAACGUGCGUCACGGCGAGUCGGCCAGUACUGCACACCAGCUAAAGCCUCAGCAGUCGCGGCACCACAAUGGCCUUCUGUGUCGACACUGCGUCUUGGACAGCAUCGUUUUCCUCUCUCUGUUCACCCACAUUUGUUGUAUAGAGUACUGGUCCAAUCUGCGUAGUUGCGGAGUGAAUGUGCAGGGGCUGGAGCAGUGCCAUCUGGAGAUCCCGGACGAUAUCUUCGUGGUGGUUCCAGGGGGCUCGACGGCAGACACGCGUGAGGUGCGCAAGACUGACGAGGGUCCGCCGCCGAUGGGUUUCCCCUGUCCCUCGACGUGGUUAUUCAACUUCGAAGGAAGCACCUCUUUCCACUACUUGCUAUUCAUUGACGUCGUGUGUGGGCUGCAGGAGCAGAGUGGCUUCGUCAAACACACCUCUGUAUUACUGCUACACGGCACACAGGACGUUCUCGUUUUACCCACUCACACUGUUGCCAUUACCACGAAACUGUGUCAGUGCACGAAAGACGCCGCGAACAAGGUUUAUCUCGACUUGCUGAGGGAUGCACGACACAACCUGGACGGUACCCACAUCAUUCACCCCUUCCUCAGGGACAUCAUUAUCCUGCCUCACUUGCGGCGUCAACGGGCGCUGCGCGGCGAGCUCGAUGCGACGCUAAGACACAGUGUUGAGUUGCAGCAGCAACAGAAGAAGCACACCGACCCUAGCGGUGGUGCUUCCAUAUCUGUGAGUGCUGGCGGCACGAUAGGUCGCGGCGAGCGACUUUCACGAACCAGCACCACGCAGCGGACGACAGAGUCGAUUGACAAGGACAGUGACGACAGAAAGCCGAAUGAGGCGCACAUGUGGUGGAAAAGUGGUGCUUCUGCUCCUCACGAGUGA